AGUGAGUUACAGUUGAACCAGCGGCCACCUCCAGGUACUAACCUCAAUUGUUGUCGUAGAGGUAGAACAUUAGCCAUGCCCGAAAAUGCGCACUUUGUGGGUUCGCCUGGCGUCGUGAGAACAAGCGGAAACAGGAGCCUUAACGGACUAACAGUGAUGGUUCCCGAGGAGUACAGAGGC